CCCACCACCACCGAGACCAGGGAGGUGUACAGAGCGCCGCUGCCCGUCCUCCUUCUCUAUGAUAUCCGGCUUCCGGCUCUGCUCAGUCCACAUGCUAGAGGAAGUAAACAAUGGCCAAAAACAAAGGAAAAGGACAGAAACAAAAUAAUGUAUUUCAUGUCGCAAACAGUAGAAGUAUAAAAGCCAAAAACAAAGCCAAACCAGUAAAGUCCACACUAAAGAAACUCAACGUCUCCAACAAUGACAAAGUGAGCAAAGUCAACAAAGCUUUCACAGAACUGCACAAAGAUGUUGCCCAGCUGAAAAAGAUGACUGCAUCAAAAGCAAAGCCAGGCAAGAUUUCCAAGCCAACACCAGAAGCCCCCGCAGAUGUUGAUAAUGCUGCAGAUCUACUUUCACAGCUAUAACCCUAUUUUAUAUUAAAUCAGUUAAAACCUUA